CUGCAACCAACAUUAAUCUCCUGACUGCCUUUCACAGUGAUAGUUUGAAGUUUGGGGGAGAUCCAAAGCAACCCCCAGAGGAAAUUAGUGUUUUUGCAGGCUUUUUAUUAGAAUUUGAAAAGAUUCGAAGUGAAACUGCCUCUCUAUGGUCUUUUGGGGGAACAGCUCUAAAUGUGGACAACCCUCAGUCCUCUAUGAGCUUCUAUGGUAGAGAAGCAGUUCAGCUCCAAGUGCAGCACCACCAGCAGCAGCAUCACUUCUAGUGACAACACCAGGCAAAGAUGACCUCCAGCAGCAUGAAUAUGAUGGGCAAAAUCAUCUUCUACGAGGAGAGGAACUUCCAGGGCCGCUCCUACGAGUGCAUGAACGACUGCCACGACAUGUCCUCCUACCUGAGCCGCUGCCACUCCUGCAGGGUGGAGAGAGGCUGCUUCAUGGUCUACGACCGCACCAACUUCAUGGGAAACCAGUACUUCAUGAGGAGGGGCGAGUACGCCGACUACAUGAGCAUGAUGGGCAUGAGUGACUGCAUCAGGUCCUGCCGCAUGAUCCCCAUGCACAGGGGGUCCUACAGGAUGAGGAUCUACGAGAAGGAGAACUUCCAAGGACAGAUGUAUGAGAUAAUGGAGGACUGCGAUAACAUCAUGGACCGCUACAACAUGUCCAACUUCAUGUCCUGCCACGUGAUGGAAGGCCACUGGCUGAUGUACGAGCAGCCCCACUACAGAGGAAGGAUGGUGUACAUGAAGCCUGGAGAGUACAGAAACUUCAUGAACAUGGGCUGGAGCGGCAUGAGGUUCAUGAGCAUGAGGCGCAUCAUGGAUUCCUACUACUAGAUGAUGA